CGAUACUAUCGAAUGUGGCGCGACCACAACCCGCCGGAAGUUGUCUUUCUUUACACUUCCUCCAUUGAUCGUGUUUGAUCGGAGAGUUUUCAGGAGGUUGAAUUUGCAGAAAUGCCACCAAAAAGAGGAAAAGUACAAAAGGAGGAAGUUCAAGUGUCUCUUGGACCUCAACUCCGCGAAGGAGAGGUUGUUUUUGGUGUUGCACACAUUUUCGCAAGUUUCAAUGAUACCUUUGUACACGUAACAGAUUUAUCGGGCAGAGAAACCAUUGCUCGAGUUACUGGUGGAAUGAAGGUUAAAGCAGAUCGUGACGAAGCUUCUCCAUAUGCUGCUAUGCUUGCUGCUCAGGAUGUAGCAGAAAAAUGUAAAUCACUUGGAAUCACAGCACUCCACAUUAAAUUGAGGGCUACAGGAGGUAAUAAAACAAAAACACCUGGUCCAGGUGCACAAUCGGCAUUACGUGCACUUGCACGUUCCAGUAUGAAAAUUGGUCGUAUUGAAGAUGUCACACCUAUACCAUCUGAUUCUACACGUAGAAAGGGUGGUCGUCGUGGACGAAGAUUGUAAUUUAUAAUUUUGUCCGUGAUUUAUCAACUUUCAACAAUAAAUAUUGUAUUGUAUUUUUA